CCUAUACAUCCAUUAUUGAUGUGGACUGGGUUACACCUUAUGCUGCUCCUUUGUUGCCGUCCGUCAAUGUUCAACAUCCUCUCGCUAAGCUGAACCAACAGCAAACCAUCAUGGCCCGACCAACAACACCUAGCCUAACUGCUUCAACGACUCCGCUUGUAGUAGAUGCAACCCCGGAGGUCGAGCAGCAACCGAAGCCCGAGGCGAAACGCCCCAAGAAACCACCCACCCUCGCCUCGGCGAUAUCUGGCGCCCUGUCUGGCGCUCUCAUCAGCGCUUGCGUGCAGGUGGGAACCGAGUGCACCCUUCUAACCCACAUCAUCACUCCGACACAGUUGCUUGGAUUGCUCGGAUUGCUUGGGUUGGGUUGCUAUCGAACAAGGGGGCAACCUGAUACCUAGACACGGAUUGGAUACGAAGCACUUCUCUCUCCACCCCUCCACCUAUAUUCCCUACACAGCCUGAUCAUGCUCCUCCUUUCUCCCCUCCUCUCCAUCCUCCCUCGCACCCCCCAUGCAUCCACCCCAACCCCCGGUGUUGUUGCACUUAUUUAAUUUUUUUCACCCCCCGCUAUGGCCUCCACUGCUACCGCCGCCGCUCCUGCGACUGCUGGUACGACGGCCUCCCGCUGGUUUUGCCCGUACGGCACACACCAUUCACUCGACAUACACACAUACACACGGGUGCGUGUGUAUACUUAUGCUCAUCUCAUCUUACCUCAUCAUCCCCGGGUGCGGUGCGGUACGUACGACACAGCCGUUAGAUGUCGUACGAACCAAGAUGCAGGCUGACGCGGCUCGCGGAGUGGUGCGGGGGGCUCUAGCCACCGCUGGGGUCGUGCUUUCGGAGCAGGGCGUCCGCGGGUUGUGGGCGGGCACCGGCCCCUCCGUGCUCCGAGUGGGUUUAGGGGCGGGACUGCACUUCGUGCUGCUGGAGCAGAUCCGGUGGCUGCUGUCCACCCCCUCCCCCACCGCCGCGGGGCAGUCGCACCUGAGCAACACGGGGGCGGCACUGGCGGGAGGCGUGUCUCGCGCCAUAGCCGCCAUCCUGCUGUGCCCGGUCACCGUCGUGAAGACGCGCAUGGAGUACGUAUCCGAUGCUGCCGUAAUGGUCUCCAGACCCGCGGGAACAGCAGCAGCAGCAGCCGGAGCUGCAGCGGGGCAAGCUGCUGGUGCUGCGGCGGCGGGGGCAGCGGCGGCGGUGGGCCCAGCGGGGAUACCGGUGUACCGAGAUACCUUCCACGCGCUUUCAACCAUACUUCGGACGGAGGGCAUGCGAGGGUUGUUCCAAGGCGUGUGGCCAACGGUGCUAACCAACGCGCCGUACUCAGCCCUCUACUACAUGUUUUACACCCGGCUCAAGGAGGGGCUGUCGGGCGAGGGCCGACCGCAGGCCGCGGUCAACUUCACAAGCGGCGUGGCGGCGGCGGUGGCGGCGACACUGCUGACUCAGCCGGCGGACGUUGUUCGUACACGCAUGCAGCUGGGGUUAGGCACCGCGGCGGCGGUGACAGCGGCUGGGGCGGUGGCAGGG